AUGCUUUGGUCCGUCCUCCUCCUCGCCGCGGGCGCCUCUGCCCAUGUCAAGAGCAGCCUCCCUUCCGUCCCCUCGGGCUGGAAGAAGGUUCGCGCCGCCUCGGCCGACGAGAGCGUCUCGCUCAAGAUCGCCCUCCCCGCCCACCAGUCCGAUGCUCUUGAGGCGGCCAUCCUUCGCGUGUCUACCCCCAACCACCCUCAGUAUGGCAUGCACCUGAGCAGCGACGAGGUUCGCUCUCUGAUCGCCCCCUCGGACGAGACCACGGAUGCCGUCACCGAGUGGCUCAACCGCAACGGCAUCAAGGGCAAGGUCGACAACGACUGGGUCUCCUUCACCACCUCGGUCGCCAAGGCCAACAACCUGCUCAACACCACCUUCGCUUGGUACCAGCAGGAUGGCGACAAGACCGGCCCCAAGCUCCGCACUCUCCAGUACAGCGUUCCCGAUGAGCUGGAUGUCCACGUCGACAUGAUCCAGCCCACCACCCGCUUCGGCAAGCUCGCCGCCAAGGCCUCCACCAUCUUCGAGAUCUACGAGGAGCCCGAGACCCAGGGUGUUGCCAACGUCAAGGUUGCCGCUGAUGAGGGCCACCCCACUUGCACCGGCUGCAUCUACCCUGACCAGAUCCGCUCCCUGUACAACAUCAAGUACAAGCCUUCCGCCUCUGAGAAGAACACUGUUGCUUUCGCCUCGUACCUCGAGCAGUACUCCAACUAUGCGGAUUUCACCUCGUUCGCCAAGGCGUUCGUCCCCGAGGCUGCUGACCGCAACUACACCGUCCAGCUCGUCAAGGGUGGUCUCCACGAUCAGUCUCCCGAUAAGAUCGGAGUCGAGGCCAACCUCGACCUCCAAUACAUCCUCGCCGUCUCCAACCCCAUCCCGAUCCGCGAGUACUCCACCGGCGGGCGCGGUCCCCUGGUGCCCGACGCCAACCAGCCCGGUCCGGAAAUUUCCAACGAGCCCUACCUCGACUUCUUCCAAUACCUUUUGUCCCUUUCGAACUCCGAGCUCCCGCAAACCCUCUCCACCUCGUACGGCGAAGAAGAGCAAUCCGUCCCGCGCGAGUACGCCGAAAAGGUGUGCUCCAUGAUCGGCCAGCUCGGCGCGCGCGGCGUGUCGGUCAUCUUUAGCUCGGGCGACUCCGGCCCCGGCAACGCCUGCAUCCGCAACGACGGCACCAACAGCACUUACUUCGAGCCCACCUUCCCCGGCGCCUGCCCGUGGGUUACCGCCGUCGGAGGAACCUACCAGACUGCCCCCGAGAAGGCCGUCUAUUUCUCUUCCGGUGGCUUCUCCAUGUACCACAAGCGCCCCAUGUACCAGGACCUUGCCGUCAAGAAGUACCUCAGCAAGAUCGGUAACACGUACAGCAAGUUCUUCGACAACCAGGGCCGUGGCUUCCCCGACGUGAGCGCGCAGGCGUAUAAGUACGCUGUGUACAUCGGCGGUCGUCUUGCCGGCGUGUCUGGUACUUCUGCCUCGGCCCCGGCCUUCGCUGGUGUUGUUGCUUUGCUCAACGCUGCCCGCAAGAGCCGCGGCUUGCCGAGCUUGGGAUUCAUUAACCCGUUGCUUUAUGCUGCCCCGAGCGCUUUCACUGAUAUCGUUGAUGGUGCGGGUACUGGGUGCCAGGGACGUCCGGAGUUUGCGGCUGAUGAGGGCGGAAGUGCCAAGUGGAAUGCUACGGAGGGAUGGGAUCCCGUUACCGGGUUGGGAACGCCCAAGUUUGACAAGUUGUUGGCUCUUGCGGCGCCGGGGGUUAAGAAUGCUUAA